GUGAAUUCACCUCUUGGCAACAAUUAUCACCAUGGUGAUCAAGUGGAAUCAGGUAAUUUUGCGUUCACUGCGGUGGAGAGCGGUGAUCAUACAAUAUGCUUUUGGGCGCCGGAGCAUAAGCCUCCGACGACAGUGACGAUUGAGUUCGAUUGGAGGACUGGAAUGGCUACUACAGAUUGGUCCAAUGUUGCAAAGAAAGGAUAUAUUGAAGAAAAGGGUAGGAAGCUUAGAUUUUGCUUUGACGUCGAUAUAUUUAUUCCUUUUAAUAUAAUGGAACUUGAGUUGAAGAAGUUGUAUGCCUCUGUGACAUCCAUACAUGAUGAGAUGUUUCAUCUGCGUGAGAG